AUGCAUCUUUCCUCUACGCUCUCGGCCUUAGCCCUAGUGGCCACUACUAUGGCCCACCCGGGACCGCACGAUAUCCUGAGUCGUAGCGAGUUGAGUCGUCGCUCCGCGAUGGGCUUGAAGUGCCGCGAAAACGUCUCCCAGUACCAUGAGCGGCGCUGGAAGCGCAACAUCGACCGACGCUGGCAUGGUCACAACACCACUUUCUCGAUUCACACCGAGGCCCCCUACUUCGAGACCCUCCAGAAUGACACUUGCGUGUUGACCCCCGAGGUCACCCAGGGGCCCUAUGUGUAUCCUCCUUCGCAAACCCUCCGUCAGGACAUGACUGAGGACCAGGUUGGUGUACCACUGUGGUUGGAUAUUGGUGUUCUCAACAUGGACACUUGCGAACUUCUCGAGGACGUUCUUAUCGAUAUUUGGCACUGCAAUGCGACUGGAUCCUACUCCAGCUUCACACACCUGUCUCCCAACACUCCUUUCCUGGAGCUCCUCAAGCAGGAGGGCAUCAACCAGAGUGACUACCAAAUUGGUGUCACCGAUCUGCACACCGAUGAUAGUACCUUCUUGCGCGGGAUGUGGCCUACCGAUAAAAAUGGUAUGAUGGAAAUGAAGACUAUUUUCCCUGGAUUCUACAUUCAGCGUGCGAUUCACAUCCACGUCCAAGUGCACACUGACUGGACUCUCCGUGAAAACGGUACCAUCACCACUAACAACAUCGUGAGCACUGGCCAGCUUUAUUUCGACGAAGCGCUGGAAGAGAAGAUCAUGUCUCUUGAGCCCUAUGCCUCCCACACGCAGAUCAACCGUACCACCAACGCCGAGGACUCUGUUUUCCCUUACGAUACGGCUGGAGGCUUCAACCCUGUUGUUGAUGUGGUGCCUAUGGAUGGAAAGGACGUGACUAAGGGAAUGAUUGGUUACAUUACCCUCGGUGUUGACACCAGUGCCAUUGAACAUGGUGACAACUAUGUGGGUGACUCUUAG